AGGACUGUCUACGAGGGAGAAGCUCCCCACGUGGUUCUGUCUUGAGAAGGGAGGAAAGCACAGCAGAUGAGAGCUGAAAGAUGGCAUUGGACUUGGCACAGGGAUGGUCGAGAGGUCCUGAGUCACUUUGAGAAGGUCGGUGGGCUCCACGACAAAAGUCAACCCUUCUGUAAAUCACCUGCUGUGGUUAUGAUGCUCUGAGUUCAAUACGUCUGAACCUUUGCUGUCUAUGGAUCUGCUCUAAACCUUAUAGCCUGCUUAUGGGGGAAGGUGACGCCUUCUGGGCCCCAUCUGUCCUUCCUCACAGCACCCUCAGCGCCUUAAGCCACCACCCCCAGCCACAAUUUGGCAGAAGGAUGGAGUCCAAGGUCUCAGAAGGUGGCCUGAAUGUGACCCUUACCAUCCGCCUGCUGAUGCAUGGAAAGGAAGUUGGAAGCAUCAUUGGGAAGAAAGGAGAAACUGUGAAGAAGAUGCGUGAGGAGAGUGGUGCGAGGAUCAACAUCUCAGAGGGAAACUGCCCAGAGAGGAUUGUGACCAUCACAGGCCCCACAGACGCCAUCUUCAAGGCCUUUGCCAUGAUCGCAUACAAGUUUGAGGAGGAUAUCAUCAACUCCAUGAGCAACAGCCCUGCCACCAGCAAGCCCCCAGUGACGCUGAGGCUGGUGGUGCCUGCCAGCCAGUGCGGGUCCCUGAUCGGCAAAGGAGGCUCCAAGAUCAAGGAGAUCAGGGAGUCCACAGGUGCCCAGGUGCAGGUGGCCGGGGACAUGCUGCCCAACUCCACGGAGCGGGCGGUGACCAUCUCGGGGACCCCAGAUGCCAUCAUCCAGUGUGUCAAGCAGAUCUGUGUGGUCAUGCUGGAGUCCCCACCGAAAGGUGCCACCAUUCCCUACCGCCCAAAGCCCGCCUCCACCCCUGUCAUUUUUGCAGGUGGUCAGGCCUACACAAUCCAGGGACAGUAUGCCAUCCCUCACCCGGAUCAGUUGACCAAGCUCCACCAGUUGGCCAUGCAGCAAACCCCCUUUCCUCCCCUCGGACAGACCAACCCCGCUUUCCCCGGAGAAAAGCUGCCUUUACACUCCUCCGAAGAAGCUCAAAAUCUGAUGGGCCAGUCAUCAGGUCUGGACGCCAGCCCACCGGCCAGCACUCAUGAGCUCACCAUUCCCAAUGAUCUAAUAGGCUGCAUAAUUGGACGCCAAGGGACCAAAAUCAAUGAAAUUCGACAGAUGUCUGGAGCUCAGAUCAAAAUCGCCAACGCCACUGAAGGGUCAUCAGAGCGUCAGAUCACCAUCACGGGGACCCCGGCCAACAUCAGCCUUGCCCAGUAUCUCAUCAACGCCAGGCUGACGUCCGAGGUCACCGGGAUGGGCACGCUCUAAUCCUACCCAGCACCCUCCCCCGACGUCACCCACCUGCCAGAGCCCAAGGCCCCCGGCUCUCGCACUCUGUACAGCCCACCUUCCCUGCCUCACAGAUACCAAUAGAGAGGUUUUCUUAAUUAACAAAAGGACGUAUGCCAUGGAGAAACACACCCGUGCACACAGCCACUCUCCACAGAGGCUGCAGGCUCCUCCGAGUCCCCCCU